GAGGAGGAUCCUGUGCUGACAAUCGUCACCUAUGUGGGGCUGGGCCUCUCCCUGCUGUGCCUCCUCCUGGCGGGCCUCACAUUCCUCCUGUGCAAAGCCAUCCACAACACCAGCACCUCCCUGCACCUGCAGCUCUCGCUCUGCCUCUUCCUGGCCCACCUCCUCUACCUCACUGCAAUCGACCAGACAGAACCCAAGGUGCUGUGCGCCAUCAUCGCUGGUGCCUUACACUACCUCUACCUGGCCUCCUUCACCUGGAUGCUGCUAGAGGGCCUGCACCUGUUCCUCACUGCAUGAAACCUGACCGUGGUCAAUUACUCCAGUGGGAGCAGACUCAUGAAGAAGCUCAUGUUCCCUGUGGGCUACGGGGUCCCAGCUGUGAUUGUGGCAAUUUCCGCAGCAUCCAGGCCCCACCUCUAUGGAACACCUGCCCGCUGCUGGCUCCACGCAGAAAAGGGAUUUCUAUGGGGCUUCCUUGGGCCCGUCUGCAGCAUCUUCUCUGUAAAUUUGGUUUUGUUCCUGAUGACCCUCUGGAUUUUGAAAAGCAAACUCUCUUCUCUCAACAGUGAUGUGUCCACCCUCCAGAACACAAGGAUGCUGACAUUUAAAGCAACAGCUCAGCUCGUCAUCUUGGGCUGUACGUGGUGUCUGGGCAUCCUGCAGGUGGGUCCAGCGGCCCAGGUCAUGGCCUAUCUCUUCACCAUCAUCAACACCAUGCAGGGCGUCUUCAUCUUCCUGGUGUACUGCCUCCUCAGCCAGCAGGUCCGGGAGCAAUAUGCAAAAUGGUUCAAAAGAAUCAGGACAUUAAGAGCUGAGUCUGAGAUGUACACGCUCUCCAGCAGGGCUGACUCUGAUGCCUCCAAACCCACCAUGUCUUCAGCACCACCACCCAACAAGGACAAACAGGGGGACAUGGCAUCAUAUUUAUGA